UAACGACAUCAAACUCCAUCUUUAUAUUUAGUGCAAUAUUACUAUCAAAAUUCUGUACCUGAAAUUGAAUUUGAAACAAAAACCUUAAUUCGGCUAUUGAAAAAAAUAAAACAAACUGUCUUUUUCAGAGAUGAUGAGUUUCAUUAAAAAAAACAAAGAAUUUUCCAUUUUAAUUUUCAAUGUUUUGAGUGUCAUAACCGUCAUAAUUUCAGGUCUGGCCACCCCCCACCUGGAAAUUAGAUGUGGUCUUGUAGUGCUGUUGAUGUCCUGCCUCUGGAUGUUCGAGCUGUUACCCCUCCCACUCACAGCCAUGCUUCCUCUGGUGUUGUUUCCGGUGUUGGAAAUUUCGGAUGCAAAGAUAGUGGCGACACAAUACCUCAAAGACACAACUGUCCUCCUAUUUGGGGGGUUAAUGUUCGCGGUCUCAAUUGAACACUGGAAUGUACACAAGCGUAUUGCCCUAGCCACUCUGUCAGUAUUCGGGGGUCACAAGGGCAUGGUAUUGAUGAGCUUCAUGCUGAUUGGCUGGUUCCUGUCCAUGUGGAUCAGUAACACUGCCACUACCUCAAUGCUAGUGCCCAUAGCCGCUGCAGUAGCCAAUGAACUGGACCCGAAGAACCAGAAGAAAAAAAUGACAAAGAAUAAGGAAAAACAAGGACUAAAUCUUGAUACGAGCGAGCAUGAACAGCCCGAGAAAAAAAGAGUGCAAUACGACAGACACAGUGAUGUUAUUGUCAUUAAUGGCGAGGUCGGUGAACUUGCAGCCGGCAAUUUGGACGAAGUCACAGAAACAACUAUUGAUUCUCAUGACGCAAAAGAUUCGGAGUUCCUGAAAUUCAAGCGGGGUCUCAUGUUGGGUGUGGCCUACUCGUGUAGCAUAGGAGGUACUGCAACUAUCACAGGCACAGCCCCCAAUGCACUCUUAUUGGGAAACAUUGAAGACUUCUAUGGAAAGACCACUGGAUUCAACUUUGGAACAUUCAUGAUGUAUUCUUUCCCCGAAUCAUUAAUCUGCUUGUUCGUCGCGUGGACUCUACUCUACACUGUCCAAAUGCACAAUUUCACUAAAGCAAACUCAACUGACCUUGAACUUAAUACGCAGCUUGAAUUAAAAGUUGGCUCACCCGAAGGUCAUGAAAGAUCGUUCAAGGAGGUUAUAAACGAACAUUAUAGAGACUUGGGAUGUUGGAAACCGGCUGAAAAGAUAGUAACUGUGGCUUUUGUGACCUUGGCCCUUCUUUGGAUCUUUAGGUCACCAAAGUGCAUACCAGGCUGGGCUGACUUGUUGGGGCUGAGUAAGAUCUCGGAUGCCUCGGUGGUGAUGGUCAUCGUCUUUGUCCUCUUCGCUAGUCCCUCCUUCUCACAGAACAAAUCAGAGGACAAAACCAUACUCACCUGGGACACAGUCCAGAAAAAGAUGUCGUGGAGUGUUCUGUUCCUAAUUGGGGGAGGGUUCGCCAUGGCCUCUGGAGUUCAGAGCUCAGGACUGGACACAGUGGUCAUGAAUGCGCUCAAACAUCUAGAUGGCAUUCCCCCGUUCUUCUUACUGCUCAUUAUCGUGUGUGUAGUAGGUUUCCUGACCGAGUUCACUUCGAACACCUCCACCGCGUCCAUAGUGCAGCCGAUCAUGUCCAGUCUGUCGGGGGCACUUGGGGUGAACCCCCUGCUCCUCAUGGUCCCCACCACAGUGGCAUGCUCCUUCGCAUUCUGCUUCCCAGUGGCCACACCACCCAACGCAAUUGUAUUCAGCGAAGGUACCCUGCGUGUGCGUGACAUGGUCAAGUGUGGAUUCUUGUUGAAUAUUCUUUGCUUCACAGUUGCAACUUGUUGGGCAUUCACUUGGGGAAAUGUCGUGUUUUCUAUGCACCAGCCGCUUGAAACUUCAUGAAACAAAAACAAUCAAAACAAAACUCUAAAGAGUAUACAUUCAUUGCAAGGGACUUUAUAAUGAAUAAUCAGAUAUCGUAUAAAU